CCCAGUGAGUUGAGGAAUUACAUGAAGUUUUUGUGAACGUUUGAUCUCUGCAGACGAUGCUGGUAUCCCAAAAGCAUGUGCAGGCCGUUGCUGUCAUGGUUCUUGUCGUCUUCACAGUCGGUCACUGUCAGGAGAAUGAAAGCAGGCGAGCGGUAACGGAGCACCAGCUGAUGCAUGACCGUGGCAGGACCAUCCAGAGCCUGAAGAGACUCAUCUGGUUGUCCAGUGCCAUGGAGGGUCUCCACACUGCCCAGACCCGCUCCUCCUCCCUGUUGCCCCCCACCGUACUCAACCCCAUGCGGGGCCACACCCCGGGCCUCUCCCCUGCCCUCAAACCACACUCUGCUGGCUUACAAUCUGGGGACCACAAGGGGUCACUGGAGAGACUUAUGAAAAACUUCUUCAGCCCCAACCUCAUGGACCUGUCUGAGGGGGAACCAUAGACCCCGCAACUAA